CGCCGCCAGUCGUGACCGAUACGCGCAGGGGAGUCGGCAGUGUGUCUCCGUCUUCGUCUCCGGCUGCAGCUGUUGUGGGACGUCGGUCUCCGGAGGCGUAUUUGUGUUAUUUUGAAACCAAACCGACGUCCUGGACUCACGUGCUGUUGCUAUCAAGACACAUGGUUCUUCCCCAAGGCCACAGGAAGCAUACGAUCACGGUCAAUGUAUGAAGCACCUAUUGUGCCGUCAGCAGUCACCUGAGAGACACAGAAGUAGAAACACUGAGUCCUUUAAGCCAACGAAGAAAUUUCCUCUCAAUUCUUGUGGUUACGGUCUCCGAAUAACACUUCCGGGCUGUUAAUGUUACUGACCGCUGACAAGUUGAUGCUUACGCUAUUUACGCCUACCGUUCCCAAGACGAAUGUGGGAGCUGUUUAGAUUAUAGUGAUUAACUGCCAGAUCUGAUAUGGAGCCUGCUAUCAAAAUUUGGCCUAUUCUCUUUCUCCUAAUUGGCGAUGUGGCAGCCAUGAUGAUCUACCAGGGUGACGGCUGCCUGGAGAAGUGUCCCGUCACACACCACUACAGCCCCGUGUGUGGGACGGAUUACGUCACAUACAUCAACCCCAGUACGCUGCUCUGCCACAAGAAGUGCACUGACUCCAGCCUGGGUGUGGCACACUUCACCAGCUGCGUCGACUGGUUAACCGGCAACUACCGCUUAUGAGCACCUGUCUGCAGGGUCAACGCUACCUUCUCACCCGCAAAGCAGCCUAUAAAGAAAACGGCCGUUCAACAAGGAGCUCCACACCCUCUGCAAUUUUCAGCUCAGGAAGAAGUUGCAUGGCGGCUCUGUUGCUUCCUGGACUGACGCCGUUCUUUGCAAGGUCGAUCGGUUCCUUCUGUUGUCGCAGGAUUUAGUACAAAGUGUCGUCGCGGAAUGAGGUGUUUUAGACCAUUUGUGUCAAACUCUGUCCAUUACAAGGGUCACAUUUCAGUUCAGUUAUGGCACUAAGGAUCAAGUCUGCCUCAUUUUAGCGAAAUCAGCAUAGACAAAUAACACUCGCACACACACAUAUAUUUAUAUACAUACACACACACAUAUAUAUACUAUUAAACGUGGUUUGUAUCGUAAAGGUUAAUUAUAACAUUGUCCCCUCCUAUUGACAUAUUUUUUCCUGACAUCAGUCAAAUUAUUAUUCCUAACCGUAGAAACCUACAAUAGGAACGUUCCAGUUUAUUCCCGAUAUAAGGAAGGUGACUUAUAUAUAACCGUUUAUCAUAACACAACUGUGUUACCUCUACAUUGCCUGUAUUUUAUGGGCAAAGGGUUUUUGGGAUGAUAUUUCCCUGUUAUUAAGUCAUUCUUAAUAACAUUCUUUACCUCCUUUACACCAGUUUGGCAUCUCUGCUUUAUUCUUAUAAAAUGAAAUUCGACAUUUAUUUUCCCAAAGGGUGUGACUAUUUAACAACUAAAAUUGGUGUUGAAAUUUAGGCUGAGGAGUGUUUUAAUUCAUAUUAGUGAAACGGGAAAAGAAGUAAUACUUUACCGAUAACAGCAUCCCAUGAGAUAAAGUAUAUACGAUAAAAUAUCUUGUUUCCUUUAUCCCUUUUCAGAUAAUCUGACCUGUGAUAAAUAAAGAUAUAAAACUAUGUCUCCACUGAUAUUUUACCAUUAUGUCACUGAUUUUUUUCCCAAAUUCCGUAUUCC